AUGUCAUGCUAUCCUGCACGUGCUGGCCUUCUUGCCCGGGAGCUGCACAAGCUGAACGUGCAUGUGGCCGCAAUCCAGGAAUACCACAUCUACUACAGUGGCGGCGAAAAGGCGAUGCACGGAGUCGGUUUCGUAGUGAUUGGGGAUCAGAAGAACCGAGUCAUCAAGUGGAAGGUGGUGAAUGACCGGAUCUGCGUGUUGAGAAUAAAGGGCAAAUUCUUCAACUACAGCCUGAUCAACAUCUACGCGCCGACGAACGACAAGCCCGAUGACGAUAAAGACGCUUUCUACGAGCGUCUCGACAAGACCUAUGGAGAGUGCCCAAGACACGACGUGAAGAUAGUCAUCGGAGACGCAAACGCGCAGGUCGGAAGGGAAGCCUUCUUCCAUCCUGUCAUCGGCAAGGAGAGCCUUCAUCCUCGCACGAAUGACAACGGCCUCCGUUUGGUCAAUUUCGCCGCAGCCAGAGGAAUGGCUAUCUGUAGCACCUUCUUUGCGCGCAUGAACAUUCGGAAGCACACCUGGCGACACCCGAAUGGCGAAUCGUGCACACAAAUCGAUCACGUUUUGGUGGAUGGUCGACAUUUCUCGGACGUGAUGGACGUCCGAUCGUACAGAGGACCGAACAUCGACUCUGAUCACUUCCUGGUAGCGUGCAAGAUCCGAGCUAGGCUGUCGAACGUGCUGACCCCGCGGACUGCGAGGAUAGCGCGGUUGAACGUCCAGCGCCUCGCGAGCAGCGACGUUGCUGCAGAGUACAGUCGGAAGCUCGACGAGCGGAUCAACGAGGACGCGCCUACGGGUAACCUGGACGAGCAAUGGGGAGCCCUCCAGAGCAUCGUCAACACAACGGCUACCGAAGUGAUCGGCACGACCAGAGGACGCAAACCCAAAGGGUGGUUCGAUGCGGAGUGCCAGCGAGUGACGGACGAGAAGAACGAGGCCAGGAAGCGUAUGCUGGUGAAGGGUACGCGCCGAAACUGUGAGCGAUACAGCGAGCUGCGAAGAGCUGAGAAACGAACCCACCGCCGAAAAGAACGGGAGUACGACGAGGAAGGUAACCUGUUGACAGAUAAGACAGCGGUAGCGGCCAGGUGGAAGGAGCACUUUCAACAGCUGUUGAACGGUGAGAUGCGAGAGGGAGUCGUCGAGGACAGGAUGAACGUUGAGGAUGAUGGAAUAGCUGUGGACCCGCCUACGUUGGAGGACGUGGAAAAAGCUGUAAAGGAGCUCAAAAACGCGAAAUCCGCGGGAAAGGACGGACUUCCGGCCGAACUUUUCAAGCACGGGAGCGCGCGGAUGAUCGAGAUUCUGCACCAAAUCAUCCAGCGAAUUUGGUGCGAAGAACAGCUUCCGAUCGACUGGUUAGACGGGCUCAUCACCCCAAUCUACAAGAAAGGCAAGCUGAGACCGUUGACCGAGACCUUUGUCGGCGAAUACCAGUGCGGUUUUCGAGCGGGUCGGUCAACGACGGACCAGAUGUUCACUCUGCGACAAAUCCUCGACAAGUUCCGGGAGUACAACCUGCAAACACACCAUUUGUUCAUCGACUUCAAGGCGGCGUACGAUUCAGUCAAAAGAAACGAACUUUGGAAAAUUAUGCUAGAACACGGCUUUCCGGCGAAGCUAAUAAGACUGAUUCGUGCAACGCUCGACGGAGCAAAAUCAAGCGUGCGAAUAGCUAACGAGACAUCAGAAGCUUUCGUUACGUUGGAUGGAUUGAAGCAGGGCGAUGCUCUCUCGAACUUACUGUUCAUCAUAGCGUUGGAGGGUGCUGCUCGAAGGGCAGGCGUGCAAAGAAACGGAACACUCAUCACUAAAUCGCACAUGCUGCUUGGAUACGCUGACGACAUCGACAUCAUUGGUAUUGAUCGUCGUUCAGUGGAGGAGGCGUUCGUCCCUUUCAAGCAGGAAGCUGCGAAGAUCGGACUGACCAUCAACACUGCCAAGACCAAGUAUCUGGUUGCUGGCAGAGCGCGUGGCAGUGCAGGUGAUGGUGUUUCGGAGGUGGAAAUAGAUGGAGAAAGAUAUGAGGUGGUGGAUGAGUUUGUAUAUCUUGGUACACUUGUGACGUGCGACAACGAUGUGAGCUGCGAAGUGAAACGGCGGAUUAGUGCUGCAAACAGGGCCUUCUACGGUCUUCGUAGCCAGCUAAGGUCCCGCAGCCUAAGGACGCCUACGAAAAUCACGCUGUACAGGACCUUGAUACUCCCUGUAGCUCUUUACGGUCACGAGUCGUGGACGCUAAAGGAGGCUGACCAGAGAGCACUUGGGGUCUUUGAGCGGAGAAUCCUGCGUUCUAUCUUCGGCGGCAAGCAAGUCCAUCUCAUCAAUCUUUCCAGCUUCAGCGCCCUGCCCCAACAACCUCUCUCCAACGACAUCAUCGAGUGA